UAUCGUGAGAACUUCUGGACUGGAUUUUGGAGAGAUUUAGAGGCGGAUAAAAUAAGGAAACUGGUUGAUUCAUGCACUUGAUUUGAUCAGCUCAAUGUUUAUUUGUCCAAAAAUUAUUAGUGGAAACUUUUAGCUGUACAAUUUACUUAAGAAGAUUAUUUAGUUUAUAUUUAUUUGCAUUGAAGUACAUAAUUUCGUGUGUGCAGCUGUCAUAUGCAGAAAACUGUAUAGAUUUCGAAUUAAAUAAUAAUAAAAUAUUUACGAAUUAUAUUUCCUAAGAAGGAAACUAAAAAUGUGGAGUGACCAUCGAGACGCUGCCCCCUUCUUGCCACAAGCACCAUCCUUGCCGGAAAAGGAACUAGUUCUCCAGGUUCGGGACCGUAUUUCUGACCUGUUCCUGAGCAAUGAAUAUCUCGAGGAUAAAAAUCUCGUCAGGUUCAUUCGAGCGAGAAGUGGGAGCAUAAAUCAGGCAGAACAAAUGAUUCGUAAGAAUGUGGAAUGGAUGGCCCAAGAGAAGAUUGAUGAACUGCUGAGAUGGAAAUAUCCACCCAACUUGGAAGACUAUUUUCCUUGGUGGGUCUGUGGUUUCGACGAGUUUGGCGGACCUAUUGUUGUGAUACAGACGGGUUUGUGGGAGCCGGCACAUGUUUCCGGCAUGAAGACUGACCUCGUCCGCUACUUGCUCUUGAUUAUUGAAAAGUGUCGCCGAGUUUUGUACGCGAGGAGUACGAAUCGCGACUACAUUCCACAAUUUAGCGUCAUUAUAGACUGUCUCGGUCUGGGGUGGAAGCAUUACUUGUCGUACGAUGGGAUUCAGGCGGCCAUUUUGGCACUCCGAUAUUUUGAGGCUAACUAUCCCGACUCGCUUCGACUCGGGGCGGCUGUGAAUUGUCCCUCCGUGUUGAACAUGAUGUGGAAGAUGGUGAAACCAUUCGUGUCGCCAGCUACGCGCUCAAAACUGCGCUUUUUGUAUGAAGAUGAUCGCCUCGUUUGGAGAGAGACGCUCACUCGAUACUUUCCAGAGGACAGAUUCCCUGCAAAAUAUGGGGGAACGCUGCCAGAUUCGUAUAAAGUGCGGAUGGAAUUUAAGGGCCACAAUGCUGGAGAUGAGAAUGGAAAUUAAACUACUUCCGGUCUUGAGUUUUACAGGAUUUUAUUAUGUCUCUUCUCUACCCGCAUAUUCAUCUCGGUACUAAUGUAUUUCUGCAGUAUUAUUAUCUACCUGUUUUUUGUAAAUAUUUAGUUGAUAAAUUAUUUCUCUCAAGUUUUGUAAAAUUAUUUGAAGUUGAUCUUUUCUGUCUGUGUACGUUGUACUAUGAUUAGAUUACUUAAUUCUACACAUAAGUAUUUGUAAAAGUGUGUGAUACAAAAAUAUAAGUGGUACAUAUAAAUAUUUUAAAGGCUAUACAGUUUGUUUCUAAAUCUAAAUUAAUUAGGCUUUGCCUUGAAGUAAUUCAUUAGUUAAUUAAUUAGGCUUAUUGCAUAUCUGACCAUCAUCAAUCAAAUAAAGAUUAGACCACACCUAGAAACUGGUGGAAAAUUUGAUAGAUUGAAAGUAAAAAAAAAAA